AUGGAAGAUACAAAUAUUCUUCCCGGAAUAAUUACGAAAACAAGAAGAACUAGUGCAGAGAUCAUCAAAGAGGCCAAGCAGCACAUCCAGGAUGUUCAAGGAGGUACUAAACUCGUGGACACUUGCAGGCCCUAUACGCCCAGGGCUCCAAAUAGGGCCUUGUUUGGAAAAGGGGCGCCGCCUGGAAGACCACCGAGUGCCGUCAGUUUACAUAAUUUACAAUUCGAAACAUUGUCGGCAAGAAAUUUGGAACCACUGUCUUUGAAAUCAAGAAGCAAUAGUUUACCUCGUGUCCAAUCAGCUUUGAGCCAAGAACGUGAUCAUUUACCAUCUUUGGCACCACAGCCUCCGAAAACGGCACCAGCUUUAGGACGAUGCCCUUUGACAAACGGCAUACAAGGCAAAGCCGUUUUCAAAAAAUCGGAAUUAUUUCAACGUGCUUCAAGUUCUCAUGAAGAAUUUCAGGUGCCUUCAACUUCCAUCGAAUCCUGGUCAAGUGCAGAUUUGACUAGAUUCCUGUUAUCGAAAAGAGGCGAUACCGAACCAGAUGAGUUGUUAGUGAGGGCUCUGGUAGAAAUCAGGGCCGAACAUCGAAAACAGGAGACUUUUGAGAGAUCUAAGAGGAGUGAACUUUUGGCGGCUUUGUAUGGGUUGGUGGAUUCGCAAGAUGCCAGAGUUUUGUUGGAAGUUGCUGCUAUUGUCUUAUCGAUGGGAGCAACUGGCAGCAAUUUAGCAGGCGCAUGCAAGUUAAUCUACAAAGUUGCCAAAUCAGAAGAAAAUGAUCAGAUUAUAUCCGAAUCUGAUAUACCAGAACUACUGAUUGAUGGUUUAGCCAGGGCCAAUCCUUGUGAAGAUACUGACGCAUCAAUCUUUAUUGUAUUUCUACCAUUUAAAUUCAUUUUCAAUAUAUUUUAUCAAUUGGUCACAGAAGAUCUUCGCCAAGGCAAAAUAACCGCAGAGCUGAUGGAAAGAAGGGAAGUAUCAACUCGUCCAAACUACGAGGUUGACCAGAACAAGGACAUAUCGGAGUCGAUCGCCAAAAGGGUUCUGGAAAAGGGCGCCGGGGAGCUAAUGGUGUUGCACUUAAAACUGUUGAACGAAAUGGGUCCGAUGCGAAGUGGAAGGAUGCACACGGUUCUACAACUGUGCGCCGCAUUGAGAGCCCUUGCGGGGUCUCAGUACGUCGCCUCUAAUUCUCUAGCAGAUUCGUGCGGACCACUUUUGAGAACCGCUGAGCUUUGCAAUGGCCAAAAGGACGUUCUUGCUGUCUUGAGCAGAGCAUUGAGUAUUCUAUCAGAAUCGGCAACCAGUUGCGGAAUUCUGGGAUCUCGUGUAGACAUUUUAGGAAGACUUUUGGACGCAGAAAGGUUGCCAACGCCUGCCCUGUUGAGAUUUAUUUACACUUUAGGCAACGUGAUGGCACAAUGCGAUAGUGCCAGAGAUAUGUAUUAUGAAGAUGAGAAGUCCCUGACGCAAUUGUUAGACGUCAUCCAGCAGUAUUCGGAAAUUGAUUUUUUGAACAAUGAGAAUGAUGAAGCUGUCGAUGUCCUCGUCAAGAGUGUUCGUGUCCUAGCCAACCUGUCAGUAAGUCCGGUAGCUGGUGAAGGUCUAGGAAGAGGACGAGCCUUGGCAUCUUUACUAAGGCUACUUUUGGCAACAAUGAGAUGUUGUACUGUCAACAACGAACCCACAAGUUUGCUUAUGGCAACACUAGGAGCCCUCCACAAUAUCGCGUUCUACAAACAGGACGACGUUGACCAGAUCGAUGAUCCUAGAUGGGAUGACAUCACAAUGGUUCUCUGUACGAUGCUGACUUUGGGAAACGUCCAAUCUAUCGAGGCAGCCAGAGUGUUGAGCAAUUUGACCAGGACCAGGAGGUGCCGAGAGAUUUGCCUUUCUUGUGGAGGAUUGAAAGUGUUGGUGGACUGUUUGCAAACUGAUGAUUCUGCAGAGUCCCUUCGCACCCUGGCAGGAGCCUGCGUAAACCUUUUAGGAGAACCAGGAUUGAGGAUUCCCUUUCAUAAAGUAGGAGGUCCUGUGGUCCUAGUGAGACUUUUGGAGAAACAGACGCAAUAUCAUCAUAAGGAUUGGCAACUUUGCGCCCUUUUGUGCCAGGCUUUAUGGAACUAUCUAAUGGACUGCAGUGAUGUAGAAGCAGCCCUCGGCGAAGAGACUUCAGAACAAACUGUUUGGGUUCUUCUAGAACUUUUAGAUGAUGGUGGUCCUUCGGACCAUUACACAAACGACUACGAAGAAUUUUACCACGUUGGUGCACAAUUAGUUGGUUACAUCGAAGGAAAUCUGUAUGGACCUGAUGAGAUUACAGAAAUAGCUCCAUUAAGGAAUUGA